CAAAUAGUUGAUAAAGAAUACCCAACCCUUUGAACAUCCUAAUCCUAUAUAAUAGAGCCAUUGAGUUCAGAGGCAAGUUCCAGUUCUGAAGAGAAAAUCUCCCUUCUUUCACUAGUAAAAUUUUCAGAUAUUCAAAUAGAUCCCGUUGCUGCAUUCAGUAAUCACAACCACCUGGAACGCCAUUAUUCAAUUCAAUUGGAAAUAAAUCAUGGGUCGACCUAGAGGUGAUGAAAAGUACUGGAAUGAAGUAACGAGUUUUGAAGAGAACGGGAAGCAGAAGUGGAAGUGCAAGCAUUGUGAAAAAACGUAUGGUGGAGGUUAUUCAAGAAUUAAACUGCAUUUAGAUAAAGAACAAAAAGGACAAGGCAUUACUAAAUGCCCCGUUUAUUGUAGCAAUGAAGAAGUUCUCAACAUCAUUGCUUCCACUUCAAUCCAUCCACAAGAAACUGUAAAUACACUGAAUCCAUUACAAGUGGUUGAAGAUGUUGUUGCUGGCGAAAUGAUUGUCCCUGUUGGUGCUCCAAUUAACCAUCAAACAAAUAAUGAAUCAACAAGUUUAUUCGAAGGUUGGGCACCAGAGCAUGCUAUUGUCGGAAGCAACAAUUCGAAUGGUAUUUUCCAAAGUAAGAUUAGUGUGAUAAAUGAGUUGGUUUCCGAUCUAUCAAGAGAGGAAGAUGACAUCAAGGAACAAUUAGAAUGGCUAGAAUCUCGCGGCAAGAAGCGCAAGGGUGAUGUUGAUGACUGGAUGGAUGAACUACGAGACCUGAAGAAACAUGUUGCUGAUGUGGAUUGGUUAGGGUUCACUAACUUUUAUGCAUCGGAUUUGGUUGAUAAAUUGCGAAAGCAUAAGAUUGAUAAGCCUCUGGUGUUGUCAAAUGAAUUUGUUGGUGAACAAUUUGAGUUAAAUGUUGGAAAGAUGUGGAAGCUUCUGGUGGAUGACCAAGUUUUCGUUAUUGGCAUAAAUGGAAUGGGGGGAGUGGGGAAAACAUUCCUAGCAACUUAUAUGGAGAAUGAGAUAAAAAGAAAGGGAAGUUUCAGGCAUGUCUUCUGGGUCACUGUUUCUCAUGAUUUCACCACUUUCAAAUUGCAACAUCAGAUUGCAAAAAAAAUAGGGGUAAAACUUGAUGGAGAUGAUGAGAGAUGUAGAGCAACAAUUUUGUCAUCGGAGUUGGAGAAAAUAGAAAAUUCAGUACUUAUUUUGGAUGAUGUUUGGAGAUAUAUUGAUCUACAAAAGGUGGGAAUUCCUCUUAAAGUAAAUGGCAAAGUAAAUGGCAUUAAGUUGAUCAUGACAAGUCGUUUGAAACAUGUGUGUCGACAGAUGGAUUGCCUACCAGAUAAUACAAUACAAAUAUACCCUUUGAAAAAAGAAGAAGACGAAGAAGAAGAUUGGGAGUUAUUUUUGCUAAAACUUGGACACCAUGGAACACCCGCAACACUUCCCCCUCAAGUAGUGGAGAUUGCAAGAUCUGUUGUAAGGAAGUGUGAUGGUUUACCACUUGCAAUCAAUGUGAUGGCUAGAACCAUGAAAGGUUGUUAUGACACUAUUAUGUGGAAACAUGAAUUGAAUAAACUUGAAAAUUUGGAGAUGGGAGAAGAGGUGAAGGAAGAAGUCUUCACAGUACUAAAACGUAGCUAUGAUAAUUUAAUUGAAAAGGACCUGCAAAAGUAUUUGUUAUAUUUUGCACAGAUACCAAACAAUUCUGGUUUCCAGUCAAAAAGCUACUUAGUUAAAAAGCUUGUUGAGAGUGGUUUGUUAAAAAAUGUAAAGAGGAGUUUGAGGGAAGUAUUUGAUGAGGCGUGUGCCAUGGCGAAUAAACUCGUAGACCAUUCUUUGUUUGUGGGUUAUGAUUACCAUACAAAAAUGCAUGGUCUGGUGAGGAACAUGGCAUGCCGUAUCUUGAAUGAGAGUAACAAUUACAUGGUGAAAUGUGAAGGAAAUUUGAGUGAGAUACCUGACGUGAAGGAGUGGAUAGUUGAUUUGGAGGUAGUUUCAUUGGGGGGAAACAGAAUAAAAGAAAUCCCAGAAGGCAUAUCACCUAAUUGUCCACGCUUGUCCACCUUGAUUUUAUCUGGUAAUUGUAUCGGCCACAUUCCGGAGGGUUUUUUCAUACACAUGAAUGCUCUAACAGUACUUAAUAUAUCAUAUAAUGAUUUCUUGACAUCUUUGCCGCAUUCGCUGUCCAACUUGAGGUCUCUUGUUUCUUUAGUGCUCCAAAAUUGUUCAAAUUUGGAAUAUAUACCUCCAUUGGGAGAGCUACAAGCAUUGUCAAGAUUGGACAUUUCAGGUUGUUCGAUUCGCCAAGUACCAGAAGGCUUGAAAAAUCUAAUAAACUUGAAAUGGCUUGAUAUGUCCAUAAAUGAGCAUUAUACGCUGGCACCAAGAUGUGUACUGCCCGGUUUGACCAAUUUGCAAUAUCUGGAUCUCCGUUGUGAUUCAGCUAUAAUAGCAGAAGAUGUACAAGGGAUGAGUAUGCUUGAAUGUUUUGGAGGAAUCUUUCUCGGCAAAGAUAAUUACAAUAGUUACGUGCAAGAAAUUCUGGACAGAGGUCAUGGACCUAAAACUUAUGAUAUCCAUGUAGAAGAUGUUAGGGAUCUGAUAUUUGCAUUUGAUAUUGAUGAUGAUCCAGUUUCUCUAUACGAAGAUCAUCAAAAUGUACGGUUUUGGCAAUGCGAAGGAUUGCUGUAUUUACUACCCAGAGACCUUAAGAAAUUGAGUAUGGAACGCAAUGAUCAAUGGGUGUGCUUAUGUGGUGCUCUGUCAUCAAGUGGUCCUCUUUCUUCUUUGAAUCAAAUUGAUAUUAUUGGCGGCUGUAAGCUGAAGAGCUUGUUCUGUUUGUCUAGCUCUUGUUCCUUAUGCACUAAUAUCCAAAACCUUCAAGUUUUGAAUAUUUAUGGUUUAGAUAGUUUCACUGCAAUCUGUGAGGAAGAUGCUGUUGAUUUAACACGAUCUUUGUCUCCAAGGGGUGUGUUCUCAAAUCUCAAGAAAUUUCAGCUCAGCCAAUGCCAUGAAAUAGAGACGUUGCUGACACCAUUGUUAGUGCCACAACUUCAAAACCUAGAGGUUUUAUCGGUCGAGAGCUGUAGGUCCAUGAGAGAGAUAUUUGCAGUGAGUAAUAGUGGCAAUGAUGAUAAUUUCAACAUUAUACUCCCCAAAUUGAUCAGAUUGCGGUUGUGGAAUUUACCAGAAUUGACGACCGUGUGCAGAGAAAUUUUAGUAUGUGGAUCUGCGGAUAUAUUGUUCAUUAAUCAUUGUCCCAAAUUAGAAAGGCUACCAAGAAUCGUCGUGUAUGAUUGAUUGUGUUGAUUCUGAUUUUAAUAUUUUAUUAUGUCUCUUAGUAUUCACAUUCCUAAUUCAUGUACAUACAAAAUAAAAUUCUGAUUUACUUGCUGAAAUACAAAACUGAUUUUUACUGUUGUGAGUCCUAAUCCAGAGGAUGAAUGUAUUUCUUAUUUCUGGCCA